CGAAUUCCCAAUUAGCAAAAAAAAAAAAAAAAAAAAAUUAAAGGAAGAAGACGAAGAAGCGUUCCGUUGAUGAUCAAUGGCGUUCUUCUACAGAUCUCUAAGAAAGCUAGCUGAAACCAAUCCCCUUAAGAAGACCAGACCAUUCUUCACCGUCGCCUCCGCCGGCGGAACAGUUUCUCCCAUCGCACCGUCGUUUCCGCCUCUGUUCCCGCACAGAUUGUCUCCGCUUUCGAAAUGGUUCGUGCCUCUCCACGGACCUCUCUUCCUGUCUUCUCCUCCCUGGAAGCUGCUCCAGUCCGCGACGCCGCUUCACUGGCGAGGAAACGGCGCCGUUUUGAGGAAGGUGGAGGCGCUGAGUGUUAGGUUGGAUCGGAUUAGGAGGAGAACGAGGUUAGGGUUACAGUCUGUGGUGGUGGAUCGAGAUUUGGACAAGGAGGAGGGAGAUGGAAGUAGAGGAGGAGGGAUAAUGGAGAGUUUUGUGAAUGUGCCGAAUAUGAUAUCUAUGGCGAGAUUAGCAUCUGGUCCUGUGCUUUGGUGGAUGAUAUUGAAUGAGAUGUAUACACCUGCUUUUGUUGGGUUGGCUGUCUCUGGAGCUAGUGAUUGGUUAGAUGGUUACAUGGCUAGGAGGAUGAAGAUUGAUUCUGUGGUUGGCUCAUACCUUGAUCCUCUUGCAGACAAGGUUCUUAUUGGGUCUGUUGCGUUGGCAAUGGUGCAGAGGGACCUUCUACAUCCUGCGCUGGUUGGAAUAGUGGUGUUCCGGGAUGUUGCACUUGUCGGCGGUGCAGUAUAUCUAAGGGCACUAAACUUAGACUGGAAGUGGAAAAAAUGGAGUGAUUUCUUCAACCUCGAUGGUGCAAGCCCUCAGAAAGUAGAGCCAUUGUUUAUAAGCAAGGUGAAUACAGUUUUCCAAUUGGCUCUAGUCGCUGGCGCACUCCUUCAACCUGAAUUUGGGAAUCCAGAUACACAGACAUGGAUCACUUAUCUAAGCUGGUUAGUUGCUUCGACAACUAUGGCUUCAACUGCAGCAUAUGGAGCACAGUACAUGAAGAAGAAACCUAUCUCCAUGAUUAAGAGAUCAUAGUAACAUCUAAUUACUUCACACUCUGGCCGCAUACCGGAGAAGCCUGAACGGGUCUAACUGUUUCCCGGAAUAUGCAGCUUUUAUCUGCUAACUUUAAAUAUAGAAAAAGGAACGAGUGGCUAACAAAUGGAAUGAGUAGUUAACAGAUGGAGCCUGUGAACUACUGAGAGACGAUGUCUUGUUUUUUUGUUGUAGAAAAAAAAUUGAGGCUUUUGGUUUCUUUUUUUGGUCAUCGUAGCAUCUGGUAAAAAAGAGAUGUCUGAAAGUGGAUGUUAAUCGAACCUUGGAGAGAAAUAAAUCGAAUCAUCGG